CGCUCACGUGACGCGCGGGGCGGGGCGGGGCGGGGCGGCGCGGCAGCGCUCGGAGGGUGCGCGGAGGAAGCGGGAGCGGAGCGAAAGGAAGCGCCGACGAGCGGGAGUCGCCACCCGUCGCUUCAUCACCGCCACCAUGGCCCGGACACCUGCGCUCCCCCUCAUGGCCCUCUGCCUGGCCUGCCUGUGCGGGCUGGACACACAGGCCGUCAACGGCACCACGACCGUUGCUUCUACAGUUUCCAGUGCUACUUCGCCGUCUUCCAAUACUACUUCACCGCCUACCAAUACUACUUCGCCACCUUCCAAUACUACUUCACCGCCUACCAAUACUACUUCGCCACCUUCCAAUACUACUACAGCGUCUUCCAAUGUUACCACAGCUCAUACUACUAUAGCUAACAUCACCAAUGCAACUACAAAUGCUCCGCUACAUACAACUACCAUUACUUCAGCAACGACCAGUGUUCCAGGUACGAAUGCUACUGUGACUCCUGCACCUUCUCCACGUAAAUCUACAUUUGAUGCUGCAAGUUUCAUAGGUGGAAUUGUCCUUGUUUUGGGUCUGCAGGCUGUUGUUUUCUUUCUGUUCAAAUUCUGCAAGUCGAAAGACCGAAACUAUCACACACUUUAGGACCUGCCACUUUCUAAUGGACUAGUAGCCCAACACCUGUAGUUCACUGAACCAAAAUGUUUCCUGUUGCUCAUGGAAGACAGCAGUUCGUAAUAUCCUUUAAAUAUCUAAAAGAAGACUUUAAAAGAAUAUUUUUGCAACAUUAUACUUGGCAAGAGGUGAUAUGAAUCUCUUCUACAGGAUUACUUGCAAUAUGCUGCAUGGGUUCUAAUGGCUGUCUUAUUUUUCUUUAGUGGCUGCUGCUGUGGGACUUUUUUUUUAUAUGCCGAGUGUAGACAUUCAGAGAUUCUUAUUAAUAUUCAGUGGCAACACUGUCUUCAGUAGACAAUCUCAUGAUGACUUAUUGUGAAGGCUAAUUUAAUCAACAUUUGAUACAGUAUCCCUUCAGUUUUAUCAAGAUGUAAAUUAUUGGUGACUGACUUCAGGGAGUGAAAUACCAUUUAUACUAGCUUGUGGCACUUACAGCAUGCUGCUAGAAAGAUGAACAAAAUUGUAGAAGUAGAUAAUGUCCCAACGGAAUAACAUAACCCAUACAUUUUUAUACACAAGAAUAAAGGUUGCCUGAUAAAAUACUGCAUUCCAAACAGAAAUCCUAUGCCCUUUCCAAUGAAUGCUAAUGGUGGAGAGGGGAUGUAGGAAUAAUCCUUCUAAAGGGUCAGUGAAAAUUAGUGCCUUAAAAAACUAAAAAUCAGUAGGCUGCAAAAGCGUCCCACCUAUCUCACAGAUAAACAGAACUAUUAAGUACUAGCUUUAUAUGGGAGAAUGGAAUACAUACGACUUCAGCAUUCCAGUUUAAAAACUUUUUACAUGAAAUAAAUGUCCCUUAUGGAUCUUGUUUGAGAGGGAGCAUGGUACAGUAAUAUUCAGCCACAAACAGAAGCUUUAAGUUGUUUACCUUCUGCUCUGGCCUACAAAGACCUACUGUAAAAUUAGUGACAAAAUUUGGUUCAGUCCCUAUAUAAAAAGGCAACAACUUUCAUUUAUACUUGAAAUACUGGUGUUCGGGAAAUCCUGAUAUUUUCUCAUUCAAAUGGUUCUUAAACUCAUUGCAAUUAGAUUCAGCAUUUUUUGGUUUGUUUUUUUCUUUUUGAUCCUUCUGUAUGUCUACUUGCUAAAGGAGCAGUUAAGGGUAGUCCAGAGAAUCUGCUGAUUUGAUCCUAGUCAGGAUUGCUCUAGUCCCAGCGUUGCCAGGGCUACAUCUUUUUUCUUUUCCCUCCCUACUUUCUGGCAUCAGUGAACUGGUUAAGGAAAUUUAUUUGGCCAAGUAGGUGUUGGUUUUUUUUAGUUUUGUGUGUUGUGUGGUUUUUGUGAUUUUUUUGUUUGUUUUGUUUUGGUUGUUUUCUGUGGUUUUUGUGUUAUUUUUUUUCCCUUUGGCUGGAUCAGCCUUCUCAAAGGUACGUCUUUCCAAUGUAGAUUGACUUGAGCACCGAUGAAAAUAAACCUACAGAAAAAAAAUUGAAGUAAAGAUAAAAUCAAGUGGUGGAUGUAGCACAUAAUACAUAAAUUUGAUGAUCAAGGAAUAUCAUCAAAUUUCAGGAUAAUUUGUAGUACUGUCUUACUAGUUCUGACUUGAAAGGAAUUUGGCACUCAAUACAAAAUGAUAGCAUUGCAGGUAGUAGUCAUGGCAGUGGAACUUAAAUUUCCAACUGAAGUGCACUUAAUUUGCUUCAUAUUUAAGUGCACAGCGUUGUUUUCUUGUGUUCUUCUAGUUUGAAUGGCAUUGUUUCUGUUGUGCUGCAUAGAAAACUCAAAUUGCUAUGAAAUACAGAAGUUACUCACCAGUACUGUAUCUUUGAGUUCAUUAGUUUUUGGUUUUCUAAACAAUUAAGACAAUCAGCUCAGGUUUAUUAAAACAGCAGAGUGAGCAGCCAGUUUCCAGCAACAGUAUGUGUGUGGGUUAGAUGGUAUAUCCUUGGCCUUAUUGUGAAAUCACUUAAUCUGUAUUUCCCCUAUCUCAGAACUAUUUUAAUACAUUUAUUUGUUUAAAAAAAAAAAUCCAUGAGCUUGUAUUCUGUGCUUUGAAGUAAGCUAAAUAUUCUUCUAAAGUAUGACAGUUCUCCUUCAGCUCAGCAGAGCAAACCGUAUGCCUAGUAUGUAAUUUUUUUGGCCUCAAAGGGCUGUCUUUCAGAAAACUUGCAGAAAAGUGCUACAGAACACUUAAUAGCAUGGAAGACGUUGCAACAAAGAAGUUGUUGCUCUGUAAAAUGUUGAUAAAAUGCUUACUCAUGAGAGAUGCUGAUGCUGAUUUAGGUUGCUGAUAAGUAUGCUGGUAAAGCAAACUAAAAAUAUUUUUUAAAGUGCCUUAAAGUUGCUUAAUCUUUUGCCUCAAAUUCUUUUUGAAAGGGUAGAAAGGAUACCUUGCCUUAGUUACAAAAUUUUGCUUGGUGCCAGCAAUUGCUACUUUCCAAAACUUUAGGAAACCCAGGAUCUCUGACACAUACAGAUGCCAAUCUGAAAAACUCAAGCUGGUACUGUAUUAAUUUAGUCACGUUCUGGAAGGCCUGCACUACACACUGCUUGCUCAUUAGCCUUGCUAACAAGGUAUGAUCCACAGUUCACAGAGUUGUGGCUUGCAUAGUUUCCCUUUCAGUUCUUUGGGGGAGGGGAGGCUGGGUUAUACAUCUUCACCAUGUGCUUGGCUGCCUCACUAUAGAAAAUACAGAAAGUAUCAGCUGAUCUGUGCUGUGUACUGGCAAAAAACCUGAAGUAACAACUUGCAGUUUUUAUUGGCCUUGUGUUUUGAAGUGGAAGGUAGCUCAUAGAUCUGUAGUUGUAUUUGCCCCUAAAUCAAUUUUAGGCACUGAACUGUAGUGACUCUUCAAGUUAUCUGGCUCUUUCUUGAAGCCAACUUGUGCAAAUAUCAAGCUGUUAUGUUAUGAAUGUUCUCUGCAAGUGUUGCUGUAAAAGUUUGUAUUUUGUCUUUGGAAGAAAACUGAAACAGUUGUAAUCACAAAACCAAAUUGUUAAAUAAAAUCUGUUGAAUGGAA